AUAAUAUAGUUUAACCCUUCUUGUCUCCUUGAAGCGAAAAACAGUGGCAGCCUUGCGGGAGACCUGCCAUGGCGCAUUAGAGCCUGCAAAUGAUACGAGAAAGGAAAAACCCUUUUGAUUUUCUUCAUGAAUACUCAGUUGAAGAAGAGAAAUCUAAUCCAAUUCUACCUCAUCCAAUCCAUUCUCAGACAAAACUCUCUCCGACAACUUCGUACCAAGCCAACCCAUCAUUACAAUGACAAAUACAGAACUAGAAACACAAAAGAAGACAACCAACAAGACGACUUAUUCUUGUACAAAAGCAAAGGCCAGCACUUGCUCACUAACCAGAGGAUUCUAGACUCUAUAGUUAGAAAAUCUUCAAUAAACCCUACCGACACUGUCCUUGAAAUUGGACCAGGAACUGGAAACCUCACUCUUAAGCUUCUUGAUGUUGCUUCGAAGGUUGUUGCUGUUGAAAUUGAUAAAAGGAUGGUUGGGGUUCUUAAUAAACGUGUGAAGGAGCAUGGAUUUGAAGAUAAACUGAGUGUUCUUCGAGAGGAUGCAUUGAAGGCUGAGUUUCCCAAAUUUGAUCUUGUUGUGGCCAACAUUCCUUAUGGGAUAUCUUCGCCUCUCGUGGCUAAAUUGGUGUAUGGGGCGAAUCCAUUUCGAAGUGCCACACUUCUUCUUCAGAAAGAAUUUGCACGGCGGUUGUUGGCAAAGCCUGGAGAUUCUGAGUUUAAUAGAUUGGCUGUGAAUGUGAAGUUGGUAGCAGAUGUGGAGUUUGUGAUGAAUGUAAGCAAGAGGGAAUUUUUCCCUGUUCCAAAAGUUGAUUCUUCUGUGGUUAUCAUUCGGCCAAAAGAUCGAAUUCCUGAUGUGAAUCUUGAUGAAUGGUGGGCAUUCACGAAAAAUUGUUUUGGGAAGAAGAAUAAGACUUUGGGGGCAACAUUUAAGCAGAAGAAGAAGGUGAUAGAACUAUUCAGAUUAUCGAAAAUGACAAGCUCUAAUGAAGAAGAAAUUAACAGGAACCAGUAUGUUUGUGCGGAUGAUGAUGGGGACAAUGAGGAGGAGAGUGAUGGAGAAGAGUACCAUUCAUCUUCUUGCGCAGAUAGAGAGUUGCUUUUGUUCAAGGAGAAGAUCAUUGAGGUUCUAAAAGCUGGUAGUUUUGAAGAUAAGAGACCUUCAAAGCUGUGUAAUGAGGAGUUACUGUACUUACUUUCCAUGCUCAAUCAAUCUGGAAUAUACUUUCAUGAGCAAACAAAGCCAAGGAAUGUAGGUAAUGUAGCAUUUGCUGCUGCUUACAGUUGAUGAUAAUAGCUACUUAUUACUGUCCUGCUCUUCUCGAUGCUUGUUUUUAAACCACUCUUGUUAAGUUCUACUUUGUGUUUUUCCUUUGGUUGAAAAAAAAUCAGACUUGUAUUGUCCCUCUGCUAAGAGGGUUGAUUUGGUCA